GACUACAGCAGAUGGCAACACGCAGCUAGCUAUGUUCCCUAGUCAUUUACAAGCAGAAAAGGGCUGUGCAUUUCUCUAUCGUUCCUUGAAUUCAUGAGGAGUACCCAACGCCUGGUCUUGAGCUAUCGCAACGAUGGCUAGCAAGAAGACCCACCAACAGGAAAUGGUCCAGGUUGCGGACCGUUCUGAGAGUGCGUCUCCUUUCUGGAAAUCGAAAACUACAUCUCAACAGAAUGUCAGCCCUAGACCCUAUGAUGCCAGCUCUGUGAUUGGCGCAUCCUAUUCGCAUGCCGACAUACUAAACACGCCGGCUCGUACGCCACCUAGGUCUGGAUCGAGCGCAGGACAUAGUCGCACCGGACAACCCUCCCUCCCACAUCUCGAAGGGAAGAAAACCUCAUCGCCGAACCGCCCUUAUAAUAAUAUACUCUCACAUUCGUCGCGUGGCUGGGGUUAUGGAAAUGACGUGGCAGACGAUGACGAGGACGAUGAGAUAUUUUAUGAUGACGACGAAGAUGAAUUUGGGCUUCCUAGUAUUGCUAGCAUGCGGAAGAAGGGCAAAAACACUCGACGUACGCCUUCCACGUUUACGACAGCCAACACAAUAUCAGGGAACUCGUCUUUAGGAGCCGAUCUGGACACUGCUUAUCGACCAAGAGCCAAUAGCUCAGAUAUUGCCGAAGAACGAGGUGUAUCGCUUUACCCGUCAGCAAAGAAGACCGAGGGCAAGAUACUGCGUCCUCAGUAUAAGGAUAUCUUGAAAGAUCCUGCCAAUUCCUUGAAUCUAAUAAAUCAUUCUCCGCCGCCUUCUGACGCGACACCUAGUCAACGAGAAGCCCAUUCUGCGCGAAUUUCCAGAAUUAAUAAGUUUAAACGGAUCUUACAGGCAAGUACCGUGUCCUUGUCAGAGCUCCGCUCUCUUGCUUGGUCUGGGGUUCCCGAGGAAGUAAGGGCUAUGACAUGGCAACUGCUGUUGGGCUACCUGCCCACGAAUAGUGAACGCCGCGUCUCGACACUCGAAAGAAAGCGUAAAGAAUACCUCGAUGGAGUUCGUCAAGCUUUCGAAAGAGUUUCUGUGAGUGGGGGAUCCGGCCCAACCAACACGAGUUCGGGCCGUGGUAGAGGCUUGGACGAGGCAGUUUGGCACCAAAUUAGUAUUGAUGUGCCCCGUACGAGUCCACACUUGCAAUUAUAUAGCUACGAAGCUACACAGCGAUCUUUGGAAAGAAUACUUUACGUCUGGGCCAUACGGCAUCCUGCCAGUGGUUAUGUACAGGGAAUCAAUGACCUUGUGACUCCAUUCUGGCAGGUCUUUCUAGGUGCUUACAUGACCGAUAUGAAUGUUGAAGAAGGAAUGGAUCCAGGACAGCUGCCAAGAUCCGUCCUCGAUGCUGUAGAAGCUGAUUCCUUCUGGUGCCUCACAAAGCUUCUUGACGGUAUUCAAGACAAUUAUAUUUAUGCUCAGCCGGGUAUACAGCGACAAGUGAAAGCAUUGCGCGAUUUAACAAAGAGAAUUGAUGCUAGCUUGGCGAAACACUUGGAAAAUGAAGGAGUCGAAUUCAUGCAGUUCAGUUUUCGAUGGAUGAAUUGUUUGCUUAUGAGAGAAAUGAACAUAAAGAGUACAAUUCGAAUGUGGGAUACAUAUAUGGCCGAGGAGCAAGGGUUCUCUAGGUUUCAUUUAUAUGUUUGUGCCGCUUUUCUUGUCAAGUGGACUGAUAGAUUGCUCAAAAUGGACUUCCAGGAAAUCAUGAUGUUUCUUCAGGCACUUCCAACCAAAGACUGGACCGAGAAAGAUGUUGAAUUGUUACUCAGCGAAGCGUUCAUAUGGCAGAGUCUAUUCCAAGAUUCAAGCGCACAUUUGAGACAAGACGGUGAAGAUGCCAACACCGGAUACAUGUUUUGAUCGUUAUUUAACCCCUUUUUUGUACCGAUACGAGAGGACACCUUCAGGGUUCCCGAUCUCUAUUACUACGAGGCAUUGUCUACUUAGACAUAAUUACAGACGAUAUACACGCAUUUCCUGAUAUAGAAGCGUGUGCUUAUAAUACCCACCUCUCUUGAGAGAAAAUCCAUUGUUACAGACUAUAAGUUAGCAUCACACUUGUGA